AUGUUAGGAAUCUUACGGGUGCUUCUUUUGGUUGGUGCAGUUGCAGCUCAGAACCGAGCUGUGAGAAGCGCAGCUCUUAGUAACCUUUCUGAAGAAACAUCUAAUCUCUUGGGAGAAUUCAUAUCCGCCAUUAAUCCUAUAUAUUUUGUGAUUCUCGGAGUUUUAAUAGUAGCGGGAUGCGCAUUCGAAAUCGCUUAUGGGAGCAGGAAAGGUGUUAAUCGCUCCACACAUGUGGCAAGUAGACAUGCUGCAACUUCUUUCGGAAUUCGAACUGCUUAA